GCCUGCCCCUUGGUGCGCUCCGGGGCCUCCGCAGCCCAGUGCCCAGCCCGGCGCCGCGACCCGACGUCCCACCCGCCCACCCUGAGCGCCACCAUGAACUCGCUCUUCAAGAAGAGAAACAAAGGCAAAUACAGCCCCACGGUUCGGACCCGCAGCGUCUCUAACAAGGAGCUGUCAGAGCUGAUUGAGCAGCUGCAGAAGAAUGCUGACCAGGUGGAGAGGAACAUCGUGAGCACGGAGGCAAAGCUGCAGAGCGACCUGGCCCGGCUGCAGGAGGGCCGGCAGCCGGAGCACCGGGACUCGACCCUGCAGAAGGUUUCAGACUCAGAGAAGCUGCUGUAUGUGCUGGAGGCGGACGCAGCCAUCGCCAAGCACAUGAAGCACCCCCAGGGGGACAUGAUCGCCGAGGACAUCUGUCAGCUGAAGGAGCGUGUGACCAACCUCCGCAGGAAACACAAGCAGGUCUACAACCUGUCAGUGAAGGAGGUGGACCCGCAGGUCAACUGGGAGGCGCUGGUGGAGGAAAAGCUGGACAAGCUGAGCAGCCAGAGCUUCGGGUCGGACCUGCCGCUGGUGGACCACCAGGUGGAGCAGCACAACAUCUUCCACAAUGAAGUCAAGGCCAUCAGGCCCCACCUGACCAAGGACGGGGGCAAGGAGCAGAACAGCGAACUCCAGGCCAAGUACCAGAAACUGCUGGCGGCAUCUCAGGCACGGCAGCAGCACCUGAGCUCGCUGCAGGACUACAUGCAGCGCUGCACCAAUGAGCUAUACUGGCUGGACCAGCAGGCCCAGAGCCGCAUGCAGUACGACUGGAGUGACUGCAACCUCGACUACCCCAGCCGCCGGCGCCAGUACGAGAAUUUCAUCAACCGGAACCUGGAGGCCAAAGAGGAGAGAAUUAACAAGCUGCACAGCGAGGGUGACCAGCUGCUCGCCGCCAAGCACCCCGGAAGGAACUCCAUUGAGGCUCACAUGGAGGCUGUGCAUGCAGAUUGGAAGGAGUACCUGAACCUGCUCAUCUGUGAGGAGAGCCAUCUGAAGUACAUGGAAGACUACCACCAGUUCCACAAAGACAUGAAGGAUGCCCAGGAGCUGCUGUGCAAGGUGGACUCAGACCUGAACCAGAAAUACAGCCCCAACUUCAAAGACCAAUACCAGAUUGAGUUGAUGCUGCGGGAGCUGGACGACCAGGAGAAGGCUCUGGACAAGUACGAGCAUGAGGUGCGGGGCCUGCAGAAGCGAGGGCAGCAGGUGGUACCCCUCAAGUACCGCCGGGAGACGCCAUUCAAGCCCAUCCCCGUGGAGGCACUCUGUGACUUUGAGAGUGACCAGGGCCUAAUCUCUCGGGGCUACAGCUACACCCUGCAGAGGAACAACGGGGAGAGCUGGGACCUCACGGACAGCGCAGGGAAUGAGCUGACUGCCCCGGCUGUCUGCUUCAUGAUCCCUCCCACCGACCCCGAGGCCCUGGCUCUGGCCGACAGCCUGGGCAGCCAGUACCAGAGCCUGCGGCAGAAGGCAGCUGGGAGCAGAAGGGCGCUCCAGCAGCGGCAUGAGGUGCUGAAGGCAGAGAACUCUGGAGAUGACUCUGACCUGCAGGGCCGGCAGCUGCUGGCCGGCUUGGACAAGGUGGCCAGCGACCUGGACCGGCAGGAGAAGGCCAUCACAGGGAUCCUGCGGCCGCCGCUGGAGCAGGGCCGGGCCGUGCAGGACAGUGCUGAGCGGGCCAAGGACCUCAAGAACAUCACCAACGAGCUGCUGCGCAUCGAGCCCGAGAAGGCGAGCAGCACGGCCGAGGGCGAGGCAUUCAUGCAGGCCCUCCCGGGCAGUGGCAGUGCGGCCCUGCUGAGGACGCGGGUGGAGGACACCCAGCGCAGAUACGAGCGCCUGGUGCAGCUGCUGGACGCGGCUCAGGAGAAGGUUGACAUCGCCAACCGCCUGGAGAAGAGCCUGCAGCAGGGCCGGGAGGUGCUGGCCUCAUACGAAAACCAGCUGGCCCAGGAGGACACGGUGCCCAAGAGUGGCCACGCCCUGGACAGCAAGAGGCAGGAGCUGGCGGCCAUGGCCUCCGAGCUGCAGGCCCGGCAGGCCCUCCUCAGUGAGGUGAAGCAGAAUCUGCAGGCCGCCAAGCAGUGCUCUGGCUCGCUGGCCAGCCGCUUCCAGGAGCACUGCCCGGACCUGGAGCGCCAGGAGGCCGAGGUGCACAAGCUGCACCAGCGCUUUGACAACCUCUGCCAGCAGGUGGAGCUCAGGGUCCAGAGCCUGCAGAGCACCCGGGCUGCUCACGACGCCUUCUGUAGUGGCCGCGACCGCCUGCUGCAGUUCCUGUCCCACAUCCCCAGCUACGAGCCCCAGGAGACAGACGGCCUCGGCCAGAUGGAGACCAAGCUGAACAACCAGAAGAACCUGCUAGAUGAGAUAGCAAGAAGGGAAGAGGAAGUACAGAAAGUCUACGCCCACUCCCAGCAGUACCAGCAAGCUGUCAAGGACUACGAGUUGGAAGCAGAGAAACUCAGGUCCCUCCUUGACUUGGAGAAUGGAAGAAGCAGCCACAUGAGCAAGAGGGCCAGGCUCCAGUCCCCUGCCGCCAAAGUGAGGGAAGAGGAAACGGCUCUUGCUGCCAAGUUCACGGAAGUUAAUGCCAUCAACAGACAGAGGCUGCAGAAUCUGGAGUUUGCUCUGAAUCUCCUGAGACAGCAGCCUGAGGCAGGCAUGAGCCAUGAGGCCCUGCCCGGGAGCCAGCCGGGCUCCGGAGCAGAGGAGACGUGGAAGAUUCAGAAGGAGCUGGACAAGGAGGCGGAGCGGAGGCAGCAGCUGGAGAAUGAGGUCAGGAGCGCCCAGGAGGAGAUCCAGACCCUGCAGAACCAGAGCCCACAGGAAGCGGUGGUGAGGAAGGAGGUGCUCAAGAAGGUGCCAGACCCCACGCUGGAGGAGAGCUUCCAGAAGACGCAGCAGACCCUGGUGGAGGAGCAGCGCAAGAACCGGCUGCUGCAGGAGGAGCUGGAGGCACUGCAGCUGCGGCUGCGCGCGCUGGAGCAGGAGGCCAGGGACGGGGUGCAGGAGUACAUGGUCAAGGAGGUUCUGCGCAUCGAGCCGGACCAAACCCAGGUCAGCGAGGUCCUGAGGUUGCAGGAGGAGCUGGAGGAGCUGCGGCGGCAGAAGGGCACCCAGGAGGCAGAGGCGCUCCUCCUGCAGCAGCGCAUCGCAGCCCUGGCCCAGGAGAAGAACCAGGUGCGGGAGAAGGUCACCGAGAAGGAGGUGGUGAAACUGCAGAAUGACCCCCAGCUGGAGGCAGAGUUCCGGAAGCUGCAGGAGGACCAGCAGCGGGAGCAGCAGCUCAGGGAGAAGCAGGAGGAGGAGCUGAGCUUCCUCCAGGACAAGCUGAAGAGGCUGGAGAAGGAGCGGGCCAUGGCCGAGAGCAAGAUCACCAUCAAGGAGGUGCUCAAGGUGGAAAAGGAUGUGGCAACCGAGAGGGAGGUGGGUGACCUCAAACGCCAGUAUGAGGAUGAGGCCGCCAAGGCUCGUGCCUACAAGAGGGAGAAAACAGGGCUGCUCCGAAAGAUCUGGGCCUUGGAGGAGGAAAAUGCCAAAGUGGUCGUGCAGGAGAAAGUGCGGGAGAUCGUCCGACCAGACCCCAAGGCGGAGAGUGAGGUGGCCAACCUCCGCCUGGAGCUGGUCGAGCAGGAGUGCAAGUACCGGGGGGCCGAGGAGCAGCUGAAGAGCUACCAGAGCGAGCUGGAGGUGCUCCGGAGGCGGGGCCCCCAGGUGGAGGUCAAGGAGGUGACAAAGGAGAUCAUCAAGUACAAGACUGACCCCGAGAUGGAGAAAGAGCUUCAGAGGCUCAGGGAGGAGAUCAUCGACAAGACCAGACUCAUCGAAAGGUGUGACCUGGAGAUCUACCAGCUGAAGCAGGAGAUCCAGUCCCUGAAAGAGGCCAAACCCCAGGUGCAGACCAAGGAGGUGGUCCAGGAGAUCUUGCAGUUCCAGGAAGACCCCCAGACCAAAGAGGAAGUGGAGUCUCUGAGGGCCCAGCUGUCAGAGGAACAGAAGAAGCAAGUGGAUCUGGAAAGAGAGAGGGCGUCCCAGGAGGAGAAAAUCAAACAGAAGGAGGAGGAGCUUUCCCAGGUGAAGGAGAAGAUGGUCCAGCAGGAGGUCGUCAGGUACGAGGAGGACCCGGGCCUGCAGGCCGAGGUGAACGCCUUCACCGAGAGCAUCGACGCGGAGCUGCAGCAGAUCGAUGGCCUCCGCGGGGAGUUGCAGCAGCUACAGUGCAGGCGAGCGGAGCUGGAGCGCCAGCUGAAGGAGCUGGAGCAUGAGCGGCAGACACGCAGGGAGGCUGAGCUGGAGGUGCAGCACCUGAAGCAGCGGCUGGCCCAGCUGGAGGAGGAGGGUGAGGCCCGGGAAAAGGUGACCCUCAAGCAGAAGGUGGUGCUGCAGCAGGACCCCCAGCAGGCCCGGGAGCACACCCUGCUCACGCUGCAGCUGGAGGAAGAGCGGCACCGGCGGCAGGUCCUGGAGCGUGAGCUCGAGACCCUGAAGAAAAAGCUGGAGCACCUGGAGAAGAUGGAGGUCAAGGAGAAGGUUGUCUUCUCCAAGAGCAUCCAGGUGGAGAGAGGCGACACCGAGCAGGAGAUUCAGAAGCUAAAGAGCAGCCUGGAGGCGGAGAGCCAGAGCAAGAGGGAGCUGGACGCGGAGGUGAGCCGGCUGGAGGCCAAGCUGUCAGAGCUGGAGUUCUGUAACUCCAAGUCAUCCAAGGAGCUGGAUUUCCUGAGGGAAGAGAACCACAAACUGCAGCUGGAGCAGCAGAGCCUGCAGCUCGAGGCCCACAGGCUCCAGUCUGAAAUCGAGAUGGCGGUGGCGGAGACGCGGGGCCUAAGGAGGAUGCCGGUGGCGGUGGACCCCGGGGCGCAGCUCGACUGCCGCCUCCAGUCCCUGGAGCAGGAGCUGGACGACCUCAGGCAGCUCUCCAGAGACAAAGACCUGGAGAUCGAUGAGCUGCAGCGGCGCCUGGGCUCCAUGGCCAUCAAGCGGGAGCAAAGGGAGAACCACCUGCGGCGCUCCAUCGUGGUCAUCGACCCCGACUCGGGCCGCGAGCUGUCCCCAGAGGAAGCCCACCGGGCCGGCCUCAUCGACUGGAACAUGUUUGUGAAACUCAGGAGCCAGGAGUGCGACUGGGAGGAAAUCUCCGUCAAGGGUCCCAACGGGGAGUCCUCUGUGAUCCAUGACAGGAAGUCUGGCAAGAAGUUCUCCAUCGAAGAGGCCCUGCAGAACAGAAGGCUGACCCCUGCCCAGUACGACCGCUACGUCAACAAGGAUAUGUCCAUCCAGGAGCUGGCCAUCCUGGUGUCCGGGGAGAAGUAGGCAAGGCCCCACCCUCACCUUCCUGGAAGCAGAUGCUGGCUCUCGCCUGCCUAGUACUCUCCUUGGUAUCUUUUCUCCCUGGCCCCGUGCAGCUCCUAAUCCAUGCAGGACCCCGUGUGUCCCCCAGCUGCUCAGAGCACAACCACAAGCAGGACAGGCACCUGCUGAACCGUCAUCCAACCAGCUGAGUGACCUGCUUCAUCUCCCGACGAUGAUUCAAACCCGCAGUGCCCUUCUUCUUUCUCCUUUUCCCACAGUCCCAUAAACAGACUCCUUGUGUGAUACCUGGAAGCAACUGAAAACUACUAAAGCACACGACGACCAACAACUGGGGUGGACAAGCCCGCUCCAUGCAGCACUGGCCUCCACACCCCAGCAGGGGAAACUCUAGGGCAGAAAGGCCUCCCCGCUUCAGCAAAGCAACAGCUCCCCAGGCCUGUGACCUGCAUUCACACCCCUCGGGAUUCUGGCUCAGCCGACUCUUCGUCAGAGGCCUUCUGGGGAGACGGAUCUGGGCUCUAUGCCAGAAAAGGCACAAAGAAACCAGAACAGCAUCUGACCCUGGUGCUCGAAUGAAGCUUAACUGUCAAGCCAGACUGUCCCAAGAAAACGCACCAUCAGGGAACGUUUCAUGUUCUGAAAUCAAAGUACUUUCCUAGUGGACUGCGUUGCUGUCAGCCUUAGAUUCGGUGCCUAGUCCUGCUUAUUAUCUCACUGCCAUUUAGUAAACUCCACAGUUGAUUUUCUACCAAAUUUUGGGUCUUCUGUAUCUCACGUAUUAUGUAAGAAAAUGGGAAGUAAUAGGGAACUCUAUUUAUAGUGCAAAAAUAAACACCUGGUGGCUUGAUUCUAA